AUGGCUCCAAGCAAGAAGAGGCCAGCUGCGCAAUCAAGUGGCCUGCGCAAGAAACCUGCAGCAAGGCAUGUGGACACGGACGACGAGGAGGAAGAAGAGGAGGAGGUAGGAGAUGAAGGGGAAGAGGAGGAGGGGGAGGAGGAAGAGGACGACGAGGACGAGGAAGCAGAGGAGGAGGAAGACGAAGAGGAUGACGCGAUCGCUGCGCGCAAGAAGCGAGCUUCCAAAGAUGAAAAGCCCAAGAGCCGGUCCAUGAAGGCUCCUCCAAGCAAGCGGGAGGCUAAGGCCGCUCUCCGAGAGGCCCUGAAGAAGAAGAAGGCCGUGGAUCGUUUAAAGAAGGAGAUCAAGCCUUUGGCACAGAAGCUCAAGGCAAAACGGGAGGAGCUACGACUCGCAGAUCAGGAGUUGGAGAAGCUGAGUGCAGCCGCUAACAAGCUGGGAAAGGCUAUAGAGAAGGAGACGAAAUCAAAGGAGCUCCGACGAAAGAAGCGUGCCCGGGUCAUCAAGAAAAAUGCCGGCGAGCGGGUGCGGAGCUUGCGGGAGAAGCUACAUGAAGCCAAGGCAGACAUAGCAAAGUUCAAAGCUGCAGAGGCACAGGCAAAGACGAAGCUCGCUGCUGCUCAAAAGGAGUACAAGCAGCUCCAAUCCAAGGGAGAUCAGUACAGUCACCAUGGCUUUAGUGCCAAGCGAGCCAUGGAGGCUGCCAAGGCAGACUUCGAGAAGGCCAAGCUCGGCUUGGCGCACGCCUCGGAGGGCUUCGAGAAGUGCCGGGAGCAGCUGGAGACUGCGCAAGAGAAGAUCUCUCAGAUCAAGGAGAAGUCGCAGAAGCCCAGUGCCAGUGGUUCCACCAGCGCUGGUGGGAAGGUGAUGAAGCGUCCAGCCCAGCUGCCCGUGUCCAGAGCGGCAAAGCAACGGGAGGAGGUUGCAGAGGUGCUGCCCCAGUUCUGGACGGAGGGCCGACAGCCUUUGCUUCGGGAGGUCUCCCAUGCUCUUUCUGCAGACAUCAUCAAAUCUCCCUUCACUGGGGAAGCCUUAGAUCUGCAGGCCGCUCUAAGCUGCUGUGCUAUAUCGGAGCUGCGCUGA